AUGUGGCCGGAGAGUUGCCUUGAAGAGAGCUCAACGUUUCAAUAUACUCGCUCCCACGUGAGUGUCCUUGAACCCGCGCCAGAUCCUAAUGUGAAGCACAAGCACGUUCCGCUCGCAAGGAUGGCCAUGUCAACAAUGGACAACGCGUCCGCCCAGCUCGCCAUUGCGCUGCAGCUCCAUGAUCUCGAUGAGCUUGAGGUCUCAGGCACCGCCGACAAGAUUGUCAUCCGCCUACAACGACAGCAACUUGAGAUGGAUUCCGGGUUCGAUGCUGUUACUUUCGAGGCGAGUCGACGCCUCGCUCUGAGUAUGGCCAAGGCUGUGGAGGACGACUCAGCUCUACUGGCCCGGUCGACGCCAUUGCCGCAGAUUGAUGACACGACUUUCGACCGCUUGGCCCUGCUGAACCACGCACCUCCUACGGUAUCGAAUCAAAGUAAGCUAGCGCCAGCCAAGAGCGCUAAUCAAACAUUGCCUUCCAAGGCGACGAGCCAGAAGCGAGCAAGGUCACUAACACCAGAGGGCGAGCCUUCAUCGGUAUCGGUCAACCCAAAAGACGCCGAGCUUCGCUGUUCUUCUCACGCAGCAUUAGAGCAUGUGGGGCAUCCUCACAAGAAGGUCAAGGGCCAGCAGAUCACCAAUGGAGGUCACCCGAGGAUUCAGGUCGAGGGUAGUGGGAUAUGUUCAGUCCAAGAUCCGCAACCCUCUACAGCAGAAGCCAGUGGCGCCCAAAUGGUAAAGGAGACGGCAGCACCUACAACGGCCUUCGAGACCUCUCCAACCACUGGAGAUUGUGCAAGCUGCAGCGACCACUUAGCCGUUGACGAGCUCGUCAAGGCUUCCUGCAAGCAUUAUUACUGCAAGGACUGCUUCGGUCAUUUCAUCGAAGCUAGCCUCCAAACACAUGACGGCUUCCCGCCCAAAUGCUGCAAGAUCCCAAUUGCCUUCGUUACGGUCGCUGAUAACGUCUCCGCUGUGGUCUUUAGCCGCUACAGCUCACGACAAGCCGAGAUCAAGAACGCAACAGCACUGUACUGCGGCAUUCAGGGAUGCGGAGUAAGGAUCGAAAAGGGUAGAAUCGAAGGAGUCAGAGCCACCUGCGUGACAUGUUGGAGAGAUACUUGUACACAAUGCCGCGCCGAAUUCCCUCAAAAUGUGAAUGGUAGGAACGUCGGCCACGUCUGCAAGAAGGACAAAGCACACGAGGAAGUGCUAGCACUCGCGAAGAAAGAAGGCUGGCAGACUUGUUACCAAUGCGGUCACAUGGUAGCCUUGAACUUUGGCUGUCAUCACAUGCGAUGUCGCUGUGAAGCAGAAUUCUGCUAUCGCUGCGGAACGAAAUGGAGGAAUUGCGAAUGUGGAGACUAUGACGAGCCUCAACUUCAAACACGGGCUGCCAGAGGCAUAGACAUCCGUGCAGCUCGCCGCGUUGCCCGAGUUCUUCCUCCUGAUCUACGCCCUCGCGAGCAGCAGCUGGCAGAGCUCCAGCAGAGAUUGCAGGUCGACUGUGAUCACAACAACUUCAACUACGAGAGAGGUAAAUCUGAACAAAAUCCAGGGCGCUGUGAGGUCUGUGAGUAUCCUGCCUGGAUAUUCAUCCUUCGCUGCGAACAUUGCAGAUUCACGGCCUGCCGAAAUUGCCACAAUUUCUUCGGCUGGAAUAGAGGCGAAGAUCCUCGGGGGCUCGGGUUGGGCGCUAGGAACUACGACGAUGACACUGACGACCAGCCUGUCAGCGGAGACGAAUCCAUCGAGAAUUAA